UAUGGAGAGCACAGUUCAUUCAGCAUCAGUUAACAGAGCAAAGACUACAGAGAAGACGAAUAAGACAGACACGCUUUACAGUGAGAAGCAAGAGCUGUUCGAGGCAUCGUGAAGGCCGUUAAUUCACUGACAUUACUACAUUUAAGAUUUCUCUGCAAAUCUGAUCGAAAGAAAGCAAAGAUGAAGCUGUUGUGGGUUGUUUUACUGGUGACCGGCACUGUGUUUGCCGAUGACGACGACAAGAAGGACAGUGUUGGGACUGUGGUUGGAAUUGACCUGGGGACCACCUACUCAUGUGUCGGAGUGUUCAAGAAUGGGCGUGUGGAGAUCAUUGCCAACGACCAGGGUAACCGCAUUACCCCAUCAUAUGUGGCUUUCACCAGUGAGGGUGAGCGUCUCAUUGGUGAUGCUGCCAAGAAUCAACUGACCUCCAACCCUGAGAACACAGUCUUUGAUGCCAAGAGAUUGAUUGGGCGCACUUGGGGAGACUCCUCUGUGCAGCAGGACAUCAAGUACCUGCCAUUUAAGGUGACUGAGAAAAAGAACAAGCCCCACAUUCAGGUUGACAUUGGUGGUGGACAGAUGAAGACAUUUGCUCCUGAGGAGAUCUCUGCCAUGGUGCUGACUAAAAUGAAGGAGACUGCUGAAGCUUAUCUGGGCAAGAAGGUAACACAUGCUGUGGUCACCGUCCCUGCUUAUUUCAAUGAUGCUCAGCGUCAGGCAACCAAGGAUGCUGGUACCAUCGCUGGCCUCAAUGUCAUGAGAAUCAUCAAUGAGCCAACUGCUGCUGCCAUUGCUUAUGGUCUGGACAAGAGGGACGGCGAGAAGAACAUUCUUGUAUUCGAUCUGGGUGGUGGCACCUUCGAUGUUUCCCUGCUGACUAUUGACAAUGGUGUGUUUGAGGUGGUGGCAACCAACGGUGACACCCAUCUUGGAGGUGAGGACUUCGACCAGCGCGUCAUGGAGCACUUCAUCAAGCUGUACAAGAAGAAGACAGGCAAAGAUGUGCGCAAGGACAACCGUGCUGUGCAGAAGCUGCGUCGUGAGGUUGAGAAGGCAAAGAGAGCACUGUCCGCCCAGCACCAGGCUCGCAUUGAGAUCGAGUCCUUCUUUGAGGGAGAAGACUUCUCUGAGACCCUGACCCGUGCCAAGUUCGAAGAGCUCAACAUGGACCUGUUCCGUUCCACCAUGAAGCCUGUCCAGAAGGUGCUGGAAGAUGCUGACCUGAAGAAGUCUGAUAUUAAUGAGAUUGUUCUGGUUGGAGGCUCCACCCGUAUCCCCAAAAUUCAGCAGCUGGUGAAGGAGUUCUUCAAUGGCAAAGAGCCCUCCAGGGGCAUCAACCCUGAUGAGGCUGUGGCUUAUGGAGCUGCUGUGCAGGCUGGAGUGCUUUCUGGAGAGGAGGACACUGGUGAUGUUGUUCUUCUGGAUGUGUGCCCCCUGACUCUUGGUAUUGAGACCGUUGGAGGAGUGAUGACCAAACUGAUCCCCAGGAACACUGUGGUGCCUACCAAGAAAUCUCAGAUCUUCUCUACAGCUUCUGAUAACCAGCCUACUGUCACCAUAAAGGUUUAUGAAGGUGAACGUCCUCUGACAAAAGACAACCAUCUGCUGGGCACAUUCGAUCUGACUGGCAUCCCUCCUGCCCCUCGUGGCGUACCACAGAUCGAAGUCACCUUUGAGAUCGAUGUCAACGGUAUCUUGCGUGUCACAGCUGAGGACAAAGGCACCGGCAACAAGAACAAGAUCACCAUCACAAAUGACCAGAAUCGCCUGACGCCAGAGGACAUCGAGCGCAUGGUGAACGAUGCUGAGCGCUUCGCCGAUGAAGACAAGAAGCUGAAGGAGAGAAUUGAUGCCCGUAACGAGCUUGAGAGCUACGCUUACUCACUGAAGAACCAGAUUGGUGACAAGGAGAAGCUGGGUGGCAAGCUGUCAGAUGAGGACAAGGAAGCAAUUGAGAAGGCAGUGGAGGAGAAGAUUGAGUGGAUGGAGUCACACCAGGAGGCUGAGCUGGAGGACUUCCAGGCCAAGAAGAAGGAGCUUGAAGAGGUGGUUCAACCCAUCAUCAGCAAGCUUUACGGUAGUGCAGGAGGACCACCACCAGAGGGCGCAGAAACCGAGCAAGAUGAGAAGGAUGAGUUGUAGGCACGUCUGCUGUCGACGUUUGUCGCCCCUUGCCUCUGGUAGUGGCACCUAGAUGUACAUAUUGAACUGAUGGGACUCAAAUAGUGAGAGGAACGGUUGGCAAGGGGUGGCGCUAAUAAGCAACCAUACCGAAUCCCCUGAAAGACUUUCAAAAAAGUUUCAGUGUGUGAGAGGUGUUCUCUUCGCUGGAAGGCGGAGAUAAUUGUCAGCCUGGAUAUGAGGCUUGCUGCUGCUGUUCUCAGGCAGUUCUGUUGGGGUUCUGUAGAUGGGAGGGACUUAGUGGGUGGGCUGGGGUUUGGGUGGGGGGGGUGUUUCUGAGGCCCAUUAAGUUGGGAGUCUGUGGGAUCAAGGGCUCAUUAUGUCCACAGGCAAGGCUAAAAGUUAUUUAUUGAAUCUGGUCGUUGUACUUCUGGAAAGACAUUGAAAUAAAUGUUUGAUACAAAAUGUAA